ACCCGGCUGUCAAAUAUGGCCCCGUCCUGCUGGGUGUGAGAGGAGCAGCCGACAAAGGACAGAAAGCAGAACCUCCGGCUCACCCCUCCGUCCAUCGCUGCUGCUGCUGCUGUGUGUGCCGGCCAAACGAUGAAGUGUGCUGGAGCGAGGAACUGACAGAAGAAGGCCAUCCUUGUUGCUGACCAUCUGCUCCGUUACACCAACCCUCCACGCUGGCUUCCUCACUCCCUGCCUGCAAAGGGCUCCGCCCGGCAGCAGCCAUGCAGAUCAAUCCAGUGCUGGUGGAGUCCACCGUGGUCUUUGCCGUGGUGCUAUGCGUCCACAUGGCGGUCUGGAACCAGCACUCCUGGUGCAGCAUAGCCCUCGUCAUCCAGGCUUUCUACGUGCAGCACAAAUGGGACCGUCUGCUACGGUCAGGAGGCGCUGUGUUCCAGUUUCGGCCAUCAGCGAAUAGCGGCAUUGUACCGGCCUCCAUGGUGAUGCCCUUGCUCGGCCUGGUACUGAAAGAAAAGUGCUCCGACUCAGGGAAUGUCUACUUUGAGCGCUUCUCCAUGGUUGUCACCAUCACAGGCAUGAUGCUGGCUCUGUUUCUCUCUCUGAUUGCGCUCGGUAUCACCAGACCCGUGCCUACGAACACUUGUGUGAUCGCAGGCAUGGCCGGCAGCGCCAUUCUCUACACGACCAAACAGACGCUGACGGUGUCUGAGGUCAUCGAGGUGUUAGAGGUACUCCUGAUCUUCGUCUAUCUCAGCCUGAUCGUGCUUUAUCUGCUGCCGCGCUGCUUCACACCCGGAGAGGCGCUGCUCAUUGUCGGCGGAAUCAGUUUCAUCGUCAACCAACUCAUCAAGCGCUCCCUGAACCUGGCAGAGGUCAAAGGAGAUCCAGUGAACUAUUUCCUGCCAGUGGUGGUGGUGGGCUCGCUGCUGCUGGGUGUUUUCUUCGCCCUGCUCUUCUGUUUCAUGGAGUCCGAGACCUGGGUGUCCUCGCUCUUCUUCCACAUGAUGACGGCCGUCCUGUGUCUGGGAAUCCUCAUGCCGUGGCUCUCCCUGUUCAUCGGCCGGCACCCCAUCAUGUGGCUGCUGGACUUUCUCACGUUAAAUGACAGAAGACUCUGUCUGUUGGGGUACUGGGUGUUUCUGGCUGUCGUGGCCACCUGUGUUGUGUUACACCAGAACUACCAGCGCCAGUCUGGGUCCAAGAAGCACCAGGCCUCGACUGUUGUCAGGAAGUACUUCCAUCUGAUAGUCGUGGCCACGUAUGUUCCAGGGCUCAUAUAUGACAGACAGAUGCUUCACGUGGCAUCUGUGGGUUGCCUGGCUAUUUUCUUGUUCCUGGAGUACGUGCGGUACUUUCGGAUCAGGCCACUGGGUCAGCUGCUCAGGCAGCUGCUCACACUGUUCCUGGAUGAGCGUGACUCUGGGCCUCUCAUACUGACCCAUGUCUACCUGCUACUAGGCAUGUCUCUGCCCAUAUGGCUGUUCCCUGGGCCCUGUGCCCCGAAGGGGAUACUUCCUGGUGCGGGUGGCCUGGUGCCUUAUGCAGGUGUGCUGGCUGUUGGGGUCGGAGACACUGUGGCGUCCAUAUUUGGCAGCACCAUGGGGGAGAUUCGCUGGCCUGGCACUAAGAAAACCAUGGAGGGGACUGCAACAUCUGUGUUUGCCCAAAUCAUCGCUGUGGCCAUGUUUCUCAUCUUCGAUGGGGGUAUCAAUUUGAACUCCACCUACUCGUGGAUCGUUGGCUCCAUAACCCUGGUGGCCAUGUUGGAGGCCUACACCUUUCAAAUAGACAACCUUCUUCUCCCACUCUACCUGUUCAUCCUGCUGAUGCUCUGAACAGACAGAUGGUCCAGACAAAAACAGUUUCCACCCCCUGUCCUACACCGUCUCCUGGGGGGAAGCAAGAAUGGUCAGUUUGGGAUGAUAAGAAGAUACUCGAAGUGAUCAAAGAAGUCCCUUUUAGGAAUCGAUGGAGUCGUUUACACUGGCAAGAAAGAAAUGAUGAAAAGCUGACAGCUGGACUGAGCCUGGCAAUUUUUAUGUCAGCAAACCAGUGUGGGAGCAACAGAAUGUGCCCUCUGUCUGACUUGUGAUCUGAAGACAGCUUCUUCAGAUCAAAAGUCAUUUCAGUAUCAGCAUGAGGAAGGGGACCAACACAAAGUUAUAAAGAAAUGUGAAGACGAGCUUCUAAAUAUUCUCUGAGCUAUGUGACAACUGUGGUGUAGGGCCAUUUUGCAAGUCCCCAUCUUGACAUGAAGGUACUUAACAAUAACAGCUAAUUUAUGCAAAAGAAGAUUAGAAAAGUACAAAAUGUCUUUUUAAACACUGAAUUCUGAAUACACAGAUACUGCUAAGAGGCACAUUUCGAUCGUCCAUGAGGAGGUUGUCCUAUCUUGUCCCUUUCUUGCAAUUAUAUGCCUUCUGUAUUGCCUUUGAAGAACAUUAUUUAAAGUUAGCUAGUUGAAAUGUCUUUUUCUUAAUCAACCUUUUUCAUUAUUAUGAUAUGAUUUGGAUAAUGGCAGAUGGCAAUGCGACGAAGGACUCACUGAUGUGAACAUUUGCCUUAAGAAGUAAAUUUUCGAUCACACGUUACCUUCUAUUGUAGAAGCUGUAGAUGAAAGCAUGGCCGCCCCGCUCAACUCAUUUUCAAGGGCUGGUUUAUACUUCAGUAUGGCAGAAACUCACCAUGGUCCUUGCAUGACACUAAUGUGAAAUCCAGUACUGUAACAUGUACACAGAUAUACUACAGUAUAUUUGUUCGGUACGUUUUAUUUGCUUCAUAUUCUUGUGGUUUGAUGGGACCUUUUAAAAGGUAAACUUAACUUAUACAUAUCUUUGUGAUACUCAGCCUUCAUCACAUACCUUUGGACUCUGUAGAUAUGAUUUGGGCCAAACUGAUGACCACAGGGCCUUCCUAACAUUCAUUUAAAUGAUUUAAUUUAUAGAAAUAUCAUUCGGCUAGAUCCAUAGACUGUUUAUAAAAAUGGACAACGCGUGGCCUUUGACCUCAACUAUCCAGAAAAAAAGCAAAAAUAUCAUUCAAAUAUUAAAAAUAUUGAUUCAAACGCUGUCAUCUUGCAGCGAUGACGUCACCUGGAGACACGCGGCUUUACAGUAGUGAUCAGGAGAUGGAGCCGUGGAAGUUAGCUCCCACUGAUACGAAGCACUCGACCAAUCGCAAGUCAGUCUCUGCUCUCAGUCACGAUGUUUCGACUCGUUUUUAUAGCAUCAAGUAACUAACAACUACCUAAAAUUACAGAAACCAUCUUUGAAAAAAUUAUUGGACUUCUUAGUUCUUAGUUCCAUGUACUAACAUGGAGGCUAAAUGUAUGACCCAUACUGCAUCCAGCCACCAGGGGCGCAAUCAAGACGUUUUGGGGAGCCGUCAUGUCGUCCAUCUUUAUAUACAGUCAAUGUUUGAUGUCAUCAUUCUGAGAUGUGAGGAUGCAUCAGUUCAGAGCCUGAAAUGUGUUUUCAGAAUGAAUUAACUUUACUUUCAUCUGUAAAAGUUCUUUUUUUAAUGUGAUGACGAUUAAUUUGCAUGAUUCUUCUAGUAUUUUAUUUUUGCCAUCACCCUUAUGUUUAAAAAAUGUAAUAUUGCAUGUCGAGAGCAUCCAGACAGAAAGAUAAAAAUGAUAUUCCUCCAAUUUUCAGUCCAUUUGUUUAAUGCUGGUGUGAGAAUGGAGAAGAGGCACCUGUGCGCCAACAUUAACCCUUUGGUUUCUCAGUUUGAUUUCAAAUGUAUCAAAAAAAGUUUGGAUGUU